AUGUAUAACACACAUCGCGGGAUGGUUCCCGCUCCCAACUCCCGCUUGACGGAGUUGCUUGAUCAACUGCGCCAGGAAUUCGAGAAUCAAUCUAGGAGCACUGGCGAGUUUGAACAUCAAUUAACCGGACAGCUCCAAGAAAUGGAAAUGAUUCGGCAGAAGGUCUACCAGCUAGAGCAAGCACAAAUCAAAAUGAAGCAAGACUAUGAAGCGGAAAUCCGAGUGCUGCGUCAUGAGUUGGAGUCGCGCGGUGUUCAACCAGUCUCGUCCCAUAUUGCUGGCCCAGCGCAGCACGCUGGCCCUUCUCAAGCCCCCCCACCCGCAUUGGGUCAUGGCCCCAGUAAUCUAUUUGGUGGGAUCAUGGCCAACCAAGGAGGUAGUGGCCCCGGUCUUGCCCCUCCCCCUCCCCAGGAUCAGCAGCCUCCCCAGCAUACCCUUCAACAGCCUGCUCCCGCGGCUCAGCAAGGAGCGCCGCAGCCACCGCAGAGCUCUUUUGGGGGAUAUCAGCCUGGUGCUGCUGUGAACGGCUACGCACCUCCGCCUCCACCCACCGCCUCUCCUGGACCAGGAAAGAGACCCCGUGCUCCUCCUGGACCAGCAACUCCCCAGCAAACCCACCAACUGGCCUACCCUGAUCCUCGUGUGUCGCCUCAGUUGGCUCGGCCCACCCCACCUAGCCAAGCCCUUGUCCGUGACCGCCCGGGUAACAUGUUAGCAACUGGAAUCCAGAUGAUUUACCUGCGUCGCAAAAACGCGAGGGUGCUGAUUGGUACGCUGUAUUCAACCCAGAGCCGGGAUGGCAAAUAUCUUGCAACCGGUUGCAAUCGUUCCGCGCAAAUUUUUGAUGUCACGACCGGCCAGAAUGUGGCUACCCUUCAGGAUGAGAACGUGGACAAAAACGGCGAUCUUUAUAUCCGCAGUGUUUGCUUCAGUCCUGAUGGCAAGUUCCUUGCAACCGGCGCGGAGGAUAAGCAAAUUCGGGUUUGGGAUAUUGCCGCUCGCACUAUCAAGCAUAUCUUCACUGGCCAUGAGCAAGAUAUUUACUCUCUUGACUUUGCUGGCAACGGCCGCUAUAUUGCUUCCGGCAGCGGAGACAAAACUGUACGCCUAUGGGAUAUUCUGGAUGGUAAGCUUGUGUAUACUCUCAGCAUUGAAGAUGGUGUGACAACCGUUGCCAUGUCCCCCGAUGGUCACUACGUCGCAGCUGGCUCUUUGGACAAGAGCCCUGAUGGGCAUAAAGAUAGCGUUUACUCGGUCGCGUUCGCGCCAAACGGCCGGGAUCUAGUUAGUGGUAGUCUUGAUAAAACUAUCAAGCUCUGGGAGCUAAAUGUUCCUCGUGGUGCAUUCCCCGGGACUGGUGUCAAAGGGGGCAAAUGCAUUCGGACUUUCGAGGGCCACAAGGACUUUGUGCUUAGUGUUUGCCUGACUCCAGACGGACACUGGGUUAUGAGUGGUUCCAAGGAUCGGGGUGUCCAGUUCUGGGAUCCGAUCACGGGAAAUGCGCAGAUGAUGCUACAGGGCCACAAAAAUUCUGUGAUAUCGGUGGCUCCCAGUCCGACAAACAACUUGUUUGCCACUGGUAGUGGUGACAUGCGUGCAAGAAUCUGGAGCCUGGUAGUGAAUUUGAAGGAGCUGGAUGCGAUAAUCUCAAACGCGCAUUGCGGAUGCCUACUUAUUGUAGUGGAAGGUGCGACGAACUUCCAUAUGAAUGAGAAACCGGGGUUGGCGUAA